UAUUUAGUAGAGGAGAAAUAAAUUAAUCUUGCUCACUGUGUUGUUUUUCCGAUAAUAAACAAAUAUUAAUUGUGGUUACAGAUAUUUGCUCUCAUAACCUCAUCCUAUAUGAUACCUCAAGCGAUUAAAAUUCUCACGAAUAACAAGGGCUUAUUUUAUCGAAAACCAAAAAAGAUCAGAGUUACAACUGCGCAUUACAUGCUUUGAAUUUACAUAAAACUUCAUCGAAUAAAAACGUUUGAAGUUUUACUAAAGUUUGGGUAGCAUCAAUGUGUAAAAAAUACAAUUUCCAUUAGAAGUAUAGAUACUACGGGAUGGUCAUAAUCAUCGUAAAGAUGGCAUGUUGUCAGCAACUAUAUCUUUUGUCGAAGAAAUUAACCUAAUUCCAUGACGUGUACAAUUCAUAAGAUUAAAAACCUAAUUAUGUAAAAUCGAUUCAGGUCGUUUUCUAGAGUAAAUAAAAAGGUAGACGUUAGAAUAGGAAGAUGAUCAUAGUAAAUGGCAAAAAGCAUUGUUAGAUGUGACUUGACAGAAGUGACGAGUUGUUAUGCUUGAUAUUGUUACUAAUCUUAUUAUGUCAUUUCGUAUUAGUGUUCAAUGAUUUCGAAUAGUUUCGUUUUCUAUGAAUAAUUGUCUAUUCGUUUCGGUCAUCUGUUUUGUACGACUGAAUACAAGAAAUGCAGGUAGUAGAUUUGAACUUCUCAAGAUAAUAAACGAUUCACCUCUCACCAAAAAUGGAUACUCUUUUAUCUAUAAUUUGAGUUAAAUAAUAUGAAAAAAAAAUAUCUUAAUUCCUUUAUAAUUAGUUAGGAUAGACUGUUCAAUUGACUGUAAUUGAAAUUGAUAUUUAUGAAUAUAAUAUCCCUAGAUACAUCAUUAGAUCCAAAUGAUUGCUAUCAAAACAUAAUUCACUUAUCAGGUACAAAUGAAGGAGUUUUAGAAAAAAUUUACAAUACGGAUAAAUCAAUUUUUACGACUCAAAACAUUGAUAAAAUAAUUUGUCUAUGCAAUAAAACUGAAUUUGGAAUUCAUGAUUUGCUUGAAUUGGGACAAAUUGCAAAACUUACUGUAUUCACUCAAUACAUUGAGGAAAACAAUAUCGAUCGUUUGAGUAUAUUAGAAAAAUGUCUUGACUCAUUCAUAUUAGCAAUUUGUAAAUAUAAAAAUCAAAACUUUUACAUGAUAAGGAACAAAUUAUUACCGUUAUUACGCAUGCGUGCCAAGCCACCAUAUGGUGAACCUGAUAUACUGAUCAGAGGUAAAAUCUCAAUCAAGUAUCCUGAUCUUAUAAAUAACCAGCGAAUUAAUAAUAACGUUGACAUUGCUCACAUGAUUCGCGCUCAGCAAAUAAAUAUACGUAACUCACCGUGUCAACGAUUUAUAUACAAUGAAAGGAACGAUUUAAACAAUUUGAAACCAGUUGUGCUGACAGGACCUACAUUCACUACAGUUGUAACUGCAAUGAUAAAUUUACAAAACAUAAUGUUAAAGAAUGAUAAUGAAAUGGGCAUAGAUGUUAAGCCAUUCUUAGAAAUCAAUUCAUUUAAUUGGAAUGAUAACUACCUAAAAACCACAUAACGCGAAAAUCUAAGAUUAUUCUCAGUGAUUUAAGUAUUGUAAGAACAGUUUCAUUCAUUCGAACGUAGGGUUAAGUCCAAUAAAUAAGUCAUACCCAGUAGAUGAACCCAAAAUAUUGUCAAUAUUCAAUGAAAAACCCUCUUUUAUAUCCAUUAAUGUGGCAUAGUUGCCGUCUAGAUAUUGUCUCUGUUAAUUUUGAGCAAUACCGAAAAGUAAUCAAUCAUACUUGGGAAUAAUUAAUUUUUAAUUCAAGACUUUAAUUCUAUAUGUGUUUUGGCGCAAUUCUCACAUGUACACCGAACAAAAAUUAAAAGAAACUAUAGAUUUGAUUACAAAUAUCAACCAUUUGAGUGUUAUAAAAAAGGUAUGAUAAACGCAAAUAUUAAUUUUU